AUGCGAGAGAGAGAAGACAAUGCGAGAGAGAGAGAGGACGAUGCGAUAGAGAGAGAGGACGAUGUGAGAGAGAGAGAGGACGAUAGGGCGAGGCGAGAGAGAGGACGACGCGAGAGAGAGAGAGAGAGGACGAGGCUUGAGAGAAACAGAAGAGGACAAGGCGAGAAAGAGAGAGACAGGACGAGAGAGAGAAGACGACAUGCGAGAGAGGAGGAGAGAGAGAAAGAGAGCACGACAGAGAACGACGUGCGAGAGAGAGAGGACGACGCGAGGAGAACGACGGGCGAGAGAGAGAGAGAGAGGACGACGCGAGAGAGAACGAGGCGAGAGAGAGAAGACGACGCGCGCGAGAGAACGAGGCGAGAGAGAGGACGCGCGCGAGAGAACGAGGCGGGAAAGAGAUAG